AUGGAUAUUAAUCGACCAGCAAAUGUCUCCUUUUUUGAUUUCGUUGGAGGAGUUCAACUUCUCCAUGGGAAUGACACCAGAACAGCCAUGCCUGUCAUCCUAAUCGGGAUCUGCGUCUCCGGAGCAGUUGGGAAUUUGCUCGUUUUGGUGAUUUUCAUCCGUGACUUCAGAAACGGAAAGGGCUCUGAGGUGAAAGCGCUCCUCGCCUCUUUGGCCUCCACAGACUUGGUGAUACUCUUACUGUGCGCCCCGGUGCGCGCCGUCACCUACUACAAGCAGACCUGGACCCUUGGGAGUUUUGUCUGCAGCACCACGGACUGGUUCCAGCACUCGUGUUUGGUUGCAAAAGCUUUAAUCCUUGCAGUCUCUACUAGAGCCAAACACACUUUGAUUCCCAGUACGGCUACGGGCCCCUUCUACAGCCUGACGUGGAUACACGGAUCCUUGGCAUUUAUCUGGACUGUGUCCAUGAUGUUUCCAAUCCCGCAGAUGCUUUUUGCAACUUUACUACCGUAUGGCCGCGACUCCAUCUGCGUUUCUGAAAUGCCAGUGUGCGCCUCUGACUUCAUGAGUUUGUUUUACAAGAUUUACCCCGCUGCAGCCUUUUUGGUGCCGGUCAUUUUCACCCUUGCCUACUACACAAAAACACUGCACACCGCAGUGAACCACGCACCCAGUCCGCAGCAUCAGAGCAAGGUUACACUAGUGUUACUGUGUCUAAGCGGAGCACAUGGGCUUAUGCUACUGCCAGAGUGGGGGGCAUUCACCUGGAUCAGACUUGGGUACACCAAACCUCCUGUGGGUCUGAGCAUCUUUGCGCAAGUCCUCCUUUACGCAUGUAGCGCCCUCUCUCCGGUGAUCCUAAUGACCAUGUACGAUGACGUGCGCCAAGGACUGAUCAACAUCUGGCUAAUCGUCACCUGCAGAGGCUCAAAGCACCUCCCCAGUAACACAUGUCCAAAAACAGAGGGAAACGGAGCGGAGAUCGGAGCAAACGCCGUGCCCAACGCGGUCUCACAGGAGAAGGAGAAGGAGAAGACCUUCCCAGAUGUGGAGCACUUUUGGACAGGGCGCAGGAACACGCAGGUCGAGGAGGACCAGGAUCCAGUUCCGUGGGAGAGAGAGGAGAAAAUGUUGUAG